AUGACAGAGCAGAGCCCCGCCCCUCCCACCGUCUCCAAGACGACAAUCCUCAUGGCCGGGCUUUCUGUGGACGUCUACGGACUCGAAGAACUAGCCUCUCAGAGGCCCUCUACCGUGUCUUGCCUCUGGAUCUAUCACGGCCGCGGUAACACCAAGGAGAGUUUGAGUGAUUUUGCCAAGCGUAUCGUCUCACGCCACGCUGCUGCUGCUUCUCCCGGCGGCAGGGGUUUUAUUGCCCUCGCAUUCGACGUAAGAAAUCAUGGUACUAGACUCUUGUCUGAGAAAGCGAACGAGUCCUGGCGGGGCGGAAACGCGACGCAUGCGAUCGACAUGUAUAGCAUGGUUGCCGGCAUGGUGAGUGAUACCAAGCUCCUGAUGGAUGUCGUCGAGGGAUACCUCAAGGUUGAGCUUGACGGAGAUUGGGGUAUCGAUCAACACCUCGCGCUGGGAGUAAGUCUUGGGGGUCACAGUACGUGGCAGGCCCUUUUCGGCGAGGAAAGGAUCGGGGCCGGGGUUGUUAUCAUCGGGUGUCCGGAUUAUAUGGCUCUGAUGUCGGACCGCGCGCAAAGAUCGAAGCUGUCGACAUGGUCUGCCGACGAUGCCGGCGCGUCGUUCCUGGGAAGCAAGGACUUCCCGUCCGACCUCGUUUCUGCGUGUCUACGUAACGACCCAAAGGGCAUUCUGUUCGGCACCGGCCCCAUCCUAGCAGCGCAGAGCCUUCCGGAGUCUGAGAGGCAGCGGCUGCGUGACAUUCUCGACGCCCGUGUCAGGGGAAAGAAGUUCCUCGUCUGUUCCGGAGGUGACGACAAGCUGGUGCCAUACUCCAAGGCGAAACCGCUGGUGGAGUUUUUUGAGGAGGCGACGAGGACUUGGUAUGCUGAUGCUGGAGUCACGUUUGAGAAUAUCGUGUAUGAAGGUGUGGGUCAUGCAUUUAGUGAAGACAUGAUCGAGGACUCGUGCCGGUUCUUGUUGGCCGCUGUGGCUUCUGCUGGCGUGGCGGGAGGAAGCAGGUCCAAGAUUUAG